AUGAGUGGAUUCCGAGCCAGGUUCAAUGUCACCAAAAAGCAACUUGAGCCGAAAGCUGAUGGAGCAGUUGUAUACAGAUUAUUCGCUUGCGACUAUUGGGAAAAGCACGCGAGGAAGGCCGGAACGACCAGAUCGUAUAGAAUGUCCUAUGCGUAUAAAUAUCGUACCUCUCAAUGUGUAAAAUCCAAAUGUAGCAAAUUAAAUACACAAUGGACGGAAGGUAGCCCAGAAGCGUCUUCUCCUGCAACGUCGUCGGCGUCCGACGCCGAGAAUGACAGGAAAGACCCAUACGCCGCCGUCAACUUGAUUCGAGCUACGUUAAUGGUCACCGAGCGUCCUCCGUUGCCAUUCCCGCGUGAACGCCGUAUCUACAAACAUUUCAACCCUGAAAUGCUUGUAGAUACGGAGACUCUGUUCGCUAUGUGGAAGCUGAUCGACCGCCAGGAAGAGCUAACGUACGUCUCGUAUCUCGUCGAGUGA